UUGGCCGCCGCGCGCGGCAGUGGGCCGAGCGGCAUCCGGUGCGGCGGCAGCGGCGAUCGGUCUGUCGGUGCGGAGCGGCCAUGACGGCGCACAGCUUCGCGCUGCCGCUCGUCCUCUUCUCCGCCUUCUGGGGCCUCGUGGGCAUCGCCGCCCCCUGGUUCGUGCCCAAGGGGCCGAACCGCGGGGUGAUCAUCACGAUGCUGGUCACCACGGCCGUGUGCUGCUACCUCUUCUGGCUCAUCGCCAUCCUGGCCCAGGCCAACCCCCUGUUCGGGCCGCAGCUGAAAAACGAGACCAUCUGGUACGUGCGCUUCCUCUGGGAGUGAGCAGUCCCCAGGAGCUGGUGCCUGAACAGAGACCCCCGUCACCCUCUUGCUGCUGUUCCAGCCUCUACCCUCCCAUACCAGGCAGGCCCCAGAGGUGCUGGGGCAGAGGCUGGACCCACUGCCCCAGCACAUCCUGAGCACUGCAGCCUGGACCUAUGAUGGCUGGGCCCCAGAGCGUGGCAGGCAGCACCCCUGCCCGGAAUGAGGGCCUGGUAAUCCUGGCCCUGGGAGCAGCCACGCUACCAGGGAGAGAUCCCCUCAGCUGGCCAAAUGCUGCAGUCACUGACACUGAGCACCAUCCUGAGAGACCUGUGUGUAGUGCCAGUGGAUCCUGUCCCUCCUGUGUUUGCCCUGCUCCCUCCACUGUGCUCAGCCCUAGCCCCUCGAGUGAAACCCUUGCUCAUAGCCCAAGCUGCCCAGCUACUUGCCAUAUCCCCGGUCAUUUCAGGCACCAGUUGCCCUUCUGCAUGAGAAGGCAGGAGCCCAUAGCAUCCUCUGCUGUAUGGUCAGUCCCCUGUGGUGAGGGAGGUCCUUACUAAGAUUCUGGCUGUGGGUGUACAAACAGAGGGCUGACCCUAGAGGAAUAUGUGGACCCCCUUGGGUGUUAUGAGGGAGGUGCGAGGCAGGGGGUUCUGCUGCUUGGCAGCCUGUUGGAGGGGAUUGCAGGGAUACUGUGUCUCCUCCUGCCUCAGCAGUGAGGGUGCUGCAGUAGUGUCUAGGUACCACUUCCCCCCCCCCCAACCUGUGUCCAGGUUCUGAGAACUGUGUAGGGCGUUGUGUUUUAGUUUCCCCUUAUUUAUCAGAUAAUUUAUCUGUAUUUAUUUAUUUGUCUGUGUUUGUUAAAUUUGUGUUGUGGAAAUAAAUCCUUUUUCUAGUAAG